GGACUUCCGGUCUUUCUGGACCGGAUGCCGGAAGCGACUGCGAGCGAACCGGCGUUUGCGGAGGUUGGGAGCGUUGAGAGUGCCUGUACUAGUAGUUACUUUCAUCUUGCAAGAUGCCGGGUCUGGCGGCCGCAAGCCCUGCCCCUUCUGAGACGCAGGAGAAGAAACCACUGAAGCCCUGCUGCGCCUGUCCAGAGACCAAGAAGGCGCGCGAUGCGUGCAUUAUUGAGAAAGGAGAAGAGCACUGUGGACACCUAAUUGAGGCCCACAAGGAAUGCAUGAGAGCCCUGGGAUUUAAGAUAUGAAAUGGUGGUCUGCUCUGUGAAUGAAUAAUUUCUGAAGAAUGAAGAUGAUUUAAUAAUUUGGAGAGUUCUUUAAUGAACUUUCAUAAAUGGUAAAAGUAUAAUUUAUUAAAAAAAAAAAAGGAAAUUCCCUGGUUAAAAAUC